ACUUCUUGUGUGGGGUCAAGACAUACUGACUGAGCUGAAUAAGUUACUCAACUGAAAAUGUCUAAACUACAGAUGUUGCGUGUGUUUUUAAAUGAACGUUUAACGGCGGCUGCUGUGGAGAUUUUCGGGGCAGUUGAGAAAACGGUAGUGGAAUACCAGGAGGAGAAUGAUCGGCUACGGAGACUGCUGGGGAUCACAACGGAGAUACAACUAUGUAGAAUAGACUCCCUGCAGCUCUCUGUCUCUGAAGAGGAGGUUCCCCCUGAGCAGCAGCACUGUGAGCAGGAGUGGAGCCCCAGUCUGGGACAGAAGGACCCAGAGACCAAACAGAUUAAAGAGGAACAGGAGGAAGUCAGGACCAGUCAGGAGGAAGAGCAGCUUCAAGGGCUCUUUGAUACCAAAGACUCCAUAUUCACUCCUUCCUGUGUGAAAAGUGAAUGUGAUCAGAUGGACCCAUGUCAAGAAGCCGUACGAGCUGAACACCCAACUCUCAGUCCACUGAAAACGUCUAAACUACAGUUGUUGAGUGUGUUGUUAAAUGAAUGUUUAACGGCAUCUGCUGCUGUGGAGAUUUUUGGUGCGAUUGAGAAAGCUGUAGCAGAUUACCAGGAGGAGAAUGAUCGGCUACGGAGACUGCUGCAGAGGACACCAGAGAUACAGCUAUGUAGAAUAGACUCCCUGCAGCUCUCUGUCUCUGAAGAGGAGGUUCCCCCUGAGCAGCAGCACUGUGAGCAGGAGUGGUGCCCCAGUCUGGGACAGAAGGACCCAGAGACCAAACAGAUUAAAGAGGAACAGGAGGAAGUCAGGACCAGUCAGGAGGAAGAGCAGCUUCAAGGCCUAGAGCCUGAUAUCAUGAAGUUCAUAUUCACUCCUUCCUGUUUGAAAAGUGAAUGUGAUCUGGAGGACCAAACCCAGACUGUGGAGAACAGAGAGAGAGACUCUAAACCAGUGGAUCUUAUACCUUUUGGAACUGUGACCCACAUUAAGGGUCUUAACAUUCCCUGUGACCCUCCAGAUAAUCAAAACAUUGCCUCCAGCCACAGCUCAGCCGUAAGCAAUGACCCAGUAGGACUUGACAGUAGCCCACCAUUAGAUCCCAGUCCACCAUUGGAUCCCAACCCACCAAUGGGGGAACACUGUUCCAAACCCAGCACCACGCCUAGAAAAACUCACCACUGCCGUGACUGUGGAGAAACAUUUGCUCUGAAAGCUGACCUGCAGAGGCAUGUGACUCUCACCAAGAAGAGACUCAGUGACUGCAGUUUCGGCAAUAAACUCAACAACUCCACCUGUAAACUGAAGGCCCAUAUCCAACCCUGUAUCUGUCCAGUUUGUGGAAAGAUCAUCAAAUACAAAGGAGAUCUGUCCAGGCACAUGAGUAUUCACACAGGAGAGAAACCAUUUGUCUGUGGUGACUGUGGGAAAAGCUUCAGUCAGAAGGGAAACCUGAACUUGCACAAACUGACUCACACGGGAGAGAAACCAUUUAGCUGUGGUGACUGUGGGAAAAGCUUCAAUCAGAAGGGAGACCUAGGGAAACAUAUACUGACUCACACACAACAGAAAACAUUUAGCUGUGGUAUCUGUGGGAAAAGCUUCUAUCAUAAGGGGAACCUUACAGAUCAUAUAAGGACUCACACAGGAGAGAAACCAUUUAGCUGUGGUGACUGUGGGAAAAGCUUCAAUUUGAAGGGGAACCUAAGGAAGCAUAAACUGACUCACACAGGAGAGAAACCAUUUAGCUGUGGAGACUGUGAGAAAAGCUUCACUCAAAAGUCUAACCUGCUGACGCAUGUGAAAAACAUCCACAAAGGAGGAAAGCAGGAUGAAAAUUAGGACAAAGACCUUCUGUCGGAAGAUGGGAAUUAAAAGGCAGGAUGUGGACAACAAACGCAAAGCAACUCUGGAUCAUUCAUGAUGUGGGAUUCAGAUAAAUACAUGUGUGGUGAACAUAUUUUUGUAAAGCUUUCUAUGUAAAUAAAGUUUGAUUUGAUUUCAAUGAUGAUGUAAUAAUCCAACAGUUCAGAGUUCACUAUUUGCAAGUGAGGUGGUCCUCCCCUAAUCUUUUGCAUCGGCCUGAUGGUUAUAUCAGCACAUUUUCUGAACAUGUGGUCAUUUAAGAUGUGUAUACAAUUAUCUUUGUUUUUGUGGAUAAAUUUACUUCUGACAUUUCUUUUAUGAAGCUUUGCAUUUUAGAAUGUCUCUAAAUGUACUGAGAGAAUGGUCUGACUUGAUGUUUUCGAUAUAUUAAAACGUUUACUUUACAGAAAA